CAGUUUGAUGAAGUAGUGCUAGAAGUGCAGUAGCCAUGGACACGGCGGAUUUACUAAAUACAACAACAACACCACCACAACAUGUUGAUUUGGCAAAGCAGAGUCUCCUGUCGAGUCCUUUAUACAUCAGUUUAAUAGGCGCGGUAUUGGCUAUAACAUUAUACGAUAUCUGGUAUCGUAAUACAGAUGCAUUCAAGAAGCUAAGGACUAUACCCGGCCCGCCAAUCUUGCCCGUAAUUGGGAAUGCUCAUUUGCUUGUAGGUGUAACCCCUACUGAGUUGGUGCAAAAAGCUUUAGUCUACAUGAAACAGUAUGGGGAAACAAUUAGUGGCUGCUUCUUUAACAUCAGGCUUGUCUUCUUAACAAAUCCAGCUGAUGUUGAAAUUAUUCUGAAUAGCUCCGUACACUUGGAGAAAUCGGUGGAGUAUAAAUUCUUCCAGCCUUGGUUUGGUGACGGUCUACUCAUUAGCAAAGGCGAUCAUUGGCGUCAUCAUCGCAAAAUGAUUGCUCCCACUUUUCAUCAGAGCAUUCUAAAGAGUUUCGUACCGACUUUCGUAAAACACUCACAAAAUGUUGCUAAUCGGCUGGAAGCGAAAUUACUGGGUCAAGAGUUCGAUGUACAUUCGCAUAUGAGUCAGACGACGGUUGAAAUUUUACUUAGCACAGCGAUGGGCAUGAAAAAAUUACCCGAAGGCAAGGAGUGUGUGCGCUAUGCAGAUGCGGUGGUUGAAAUGUGCGACAUCAUACAAAAGCGUCAGACCAAGCCACAUUAUCAUUUCGAUCCUAUUUAUCGGUGGACGAAAUUGCGGCAGAAGUGUGAUAAUAUGAUGAAUAUAAUCUUGAAUCUAACAAGGAAUGUGGUCGCGCAGCGGCGUGCAAAUUUCAAUUUGGAAACAGAUAGCGUGUUGGAUCAACAGGAUGCGUUGAAUGAGAAGGCUGGCAAGAAAGCGGAAGGACUGCGCGACGAUUUGGAUAUAAUCGACGAAGAGCGGGAUGUGGGUGCUAAGCGUCGUUUGGCUUUGCUGGAUGCUAUGGUGGAGAUGACAAAAAAUCCAAAUAUUGAAUGGACGGAGAAGGAUGUGAUGGAUGAAGUGAACACGAUUAUGUUUGAG